UAGGGGUUAUGGGGAAGGGGAGUUUAAUUACACGUUACAGCUUUGGUUGGGACGCUGAUUUCCUUCUGACACAAACACACAAACACACAAACACACACAACACUCUGACAGACUGACCGAGGACGGACGGCCGAAGCAAGCAGGAACCUGUUAGAGAACAGCAAAGAAAAAAGAAAGACGGUAAAAGAAAGCUCAAAGAAGUGAAGCUGAGGAAGCAAAGGAAGGGAAGAAGAGCAGGAAUCAUCAGGGAGAAAGAGGUGUGCUGUGUGCUUGUGCGAAACCACAAAAUCCCAAACCCGUCCACGCACUUCCCUCAGAGAAACACCUGAGGAAACACUUUUCAUCUCAUUUUGUUGAUCAGCUGAAUUUUUAGCCAGUGAAAAGGUUUCCCUGUUGGUCAAAAAAAGUCAAACUUACAAAACCAACCUCAACACUCACACAAUGGCCCCCAAGAAGAAGGCCUCCCGUCAGAAGAAGCCUGCUGUGGAAACCCCCCCUCAGGUCGUCAUGGAGACCGUCCCAGUCCAGCUGAAGGUGGAGAGCCGUGGUGACGGUGUGGUGGUGGUGGAGGGUGGGAUGAAGAAGAUCGAGCAGAUGGCGGCGCUGGACAUCGCUCAGCUGAACAGCCUCAACCUGCCGCUGCCGCCGCCGGUCAUCAAGCCCGGAGAGAGAGGCCUCGGCCUGGGCAGCGAGCUGACACGGCCCCUCCACGGCAACGCCCUGCUGGAGGAGCUCAGCAAGAUGCGGCAGGAGAAGUUCCUCACUGAUCUGGAGCUGGCCUGUAAGACGAAGGCCUUCGACGUCCACAAGCUUGUCAUCUCCUCCGUCAGUCAGUACUUCAGAGAGAUUUUGGCUAAAGACCCGGGCAUGAAACGCCUGGAGCUCCCCUCCCUCUCCCCUCUAGGCCUCGCCAACGUCAUCACAUUCGCCUACCUGGGUCGCGUCCACAUGUCCCUCUACACCAUCGGUUGCACCGUCUCUGCCGCCGCCACCCUGCAGAUCUCUCAGCUCCUCAAGAUGUGCAUGGACUUCCUGUUGGCCGAGCUCAACGUGCAGACGUGCGUCUACAUCUGGAACAUCGCCGCUGCCUACGGCCUGAAGCCGGUGUGUGAUGCCGCCCGGCGCUUCGUCCUGGAGAACUUUGUUCAGUUCGCCGACACGCCGCUGUUCAACCAGCUGACCCUGGAGCAGAUCUCCGCCUUCCUGCAGGACGACUCGCUGCUGUUGCCUUCAGAGGUCACCGCCUUCCAGCUGGCCAUGAGGUGGCUUGACUUUGACGCCUGUCGUCAGGUCCACGCGACAGAGUUGCUGUCCCACAUCCGCUUUGAGACGAUCCCGGCCAGCGAGCUAGUGAGCCAGAUCCAGCCGGUGCCCCGCAUGAUGAUGGACCCUCACUGCCACCGCCUGCUGGUGGACGCCAUGAACUACCACCUGCUGCCCUACCAGCAGAACACCCUGCAGUCCAGGCGGACACAGGUCCGUGCCAGUCAGCAGACUCUGCUCACCAUCGGGGGUCGACCCUCACUCACCGAGAGAGCUCUCAGCCGCGAGGUGCUGUGGAGAGACCCUCGUGAAGGAGGAGCAACCUGGCGUCACCUCACCCAGCUGCCGGCGAAGAGCUUCAACCAGUGUGUUGCAGUGAUGGACGGCUUCCUGUACGUGGCUGGAGGAGAGGACCAGAACGACGCCCGCAACCAGGCCAAGCACGCCGUCAGCACCCUCAGCAGAUAUGAUCCUCGCUUCAACACCUGGCUCCACCUGGCCAGCAUGCGUCAGCGCCGCACCCACUUCUCUCUGACCGCCAGCGGGGGCCGCCUGUUCGCCAUCGGCGGCCGUAAUGUCGAGGGUCUGCUGGCCACCACCGAGAGCUACCUGCCCUCCUCCAACACCUGGCAGAUACGUGCCCCCAUGGAGGUGCCUCGCUGCUGUCACUCCAGCGCCACCCUGCCCUCCGGAGACAUCCUGGUGACUGGCGGGUACAUCAACUGCGCCUACUCCCGCUCUGUGGCAUGCUAUAACGUGGACACCGACACAUGGAGCGAGAAGGCCUCCAUGGAGACACCACGCGGCUGGCACUGCUCCGCCGCCGUCGGAGGGAAGGUGUAUGUGGUGGGAGGAAGCCAGUUGGGGCCCAGCGGUGAGCGGGUGGAUGUGCUCUCUGUGGAGGUCUUCUCCCCGGAGAGUGGUGCCUGGAACCGGGCCGCCCCUCUCCGUCUUGGUGUGAGCACCGCCGGUCUGUCCCCACUGGCCGACAAGCUGUACCUGCUGGGGGGCUGGAAUGAGGCAGAGAAGCGCUACAAGGCGGCCGUCCAGAAGUACGACCCGGCCACAGACAGCUGGUCCAUGGCCGAGGACCUGCCCGAGCCCACGGUGGGAGUGUCCUGCUGCACCCUGACCCUGCCGCCCCGGCACACACCACGCCGCCAGCAGCACCGUAACACCCCAGCCCACGAAGAACAGACGCAGGUCGGGAAGAUCCGGAGCAGAGAGAGCAGCAUGGCUCCUUCCCAAACCAUCACAGCAUAGAGCAGCAUGCAUGGGAGAGACUAGAAGAGGAGGGCUUGAUACCGCUGUUUGAACCGCUGGACAACAUCUGGAUCAUGUCUGCUCUUUAAUCCGAAUAGGCCUAUAUACAUAGAGUAUGUUAUAUUUAGUGUAUGUAGACACAUUCACCUACUUACUUACAAAAAUGUAUUUCAGUCUGUAAUUAAUUACACAAAAAAUGUGGAUAAAAGCAACAAAAAAUACAACAAACUAUAAAACAAUAGGCCUACUGUAGAAAACAUGGCACACAGCAGAAAUAUGUAUUUUCUUUAGAACAUUAAGUAAAAUAUAUUAAAAUAUAUAUAUAAUAUAAAAUAACGGAGAAAUUGAUUUGACAACAAUUUAGCAUAUUUUCCAUAGAUUUACACAAUUUUGAUGUUGCAUUGGUCCUUAAUUCUUUUUGAGUUGAUUUUGGGGAUUUUAAAAAGACCUAAAUUAUAAUUAUUGGAGAAAGAUGCUAAUUUGAAUGCCCAGGUUGUGCAAGAAAAGACACAAGCUUGCAUGAUCCAAAGUGGUCUCAGAAAGUUUAGCAUUUAUGGAAACUGAGAAGACAAGGUAGAUAAAGGAUGAAUUGUAGAGUGGAGCAGGUGGAGGUAGAGAGGUGAUGGGUGGAGGAGGAUGAUGGAAAGAAGGGAUCAGUGGUUGAGUUUGAAUGAGUAUAAAAACCUCACUGUGAAUCCCCUGGCAGUUUGUGUACUAUGUAUCUAAGCUGUGUGUGUGGGUGUGUGUUAACUGU